CUCAGUCGAGCGGGCGAACAGGAGGCAGCUGCCGAGGAGCGAGCUGGGAGGCGACUCCAGCCUCCCCUCCAGCAGAUUGCGCCUCCUGUACGAUGGAAACUAAACGGGCGAGUAGCAGAAGGGAUGGAGGGCAGAGCUGCCGGGCAGGUCAGCAGGGGUCAUGAGGGUGUCGGAGGCCCCGGUUGCCGUUCAGAGCAGCUGAAGCAGACAUGGCCGAAGAAGUUUCGAAUGGCAGCGGUUGGCUCGGCCUCAUCGACUUCACCAGCCACAUCCUCCUUCGCCACAACCACCACUGGCUACGCAACAAGUUCUCUGUAUUUGCCAGAAUCUCCCAGUAAGACUUUGCAAUGAGAAUGUCCGAUACAGUCGACACUGAAACGAUGAAGGUGUCCGAGGCUGCCGACGCGGUUUCCCCUACAAAAGACAACGCCACCAAGUCUGAGGCCGCUGACCAGAGCCAGGGCGGCAGAGAGGAGCACAGCAGCAACAAUAAGAGGGACGUACAGCCUGUGAAGUACUCUAAGUCCAACACCAGGCUAAAGCUGGUGCGGAGCCUGGCAGUGUGUGAAGAGUCCUUUCCUUGCCCUAUCCCUGAGCCGUCAGCAGCACCACAGGAUGGAUUUCUUCUCAAGCCCUUUGAAAAAGAAGAUCGAGGCACACAGGAGCCAGCUGAGAAAGAGGAAGGCUGCAAUAAGGCGGACAAAUCGGAGAAAACACCUAGAAAAAUGCUGUCCAGAGACUCCAGUCAAGACUACACAGAUUCAACUGGUAUAGAUCUCCACGAGUUCCUGGUCAACACAUUAAAAGGCAACCCCAGGGAUCGAAUCAUGCUGCUGAAGUUGGAACAGGACAUCUUGGACUUCAUCGGCAAUAAUGAGAGCCAAGAGAGAAAGUUCCCACCCAUGACGUCCUACCACAGGAUGCUGUUACAUCGAGUCGCAGCCUACUUUGGCAUGGACCACAAUGUGGACCCCAGUGGAAAAUCAGUGGUGAUCAACAAAACUACUAACACUAGAAUACCCGAUCAGAAAUUCUCAGAGCACAUCAAGGAUGACAGGGCGGACGAUUUUCAGAAACGCUACAUUCUCAAACGUGACAACUCCAGCUUUGAUCGCGAAGACAGCACGAUUCGAAUGCGUUUGAAAGCUGACAAGAGGAGCAAAUCGAUGGAGGAGAGGGAGGAGGAGUACCAACGAGCCAGAGAAAGGAUAUUUGCACAUGAUGGAGAUCACUUCAUACUAGACAGAAGUGCUCAGGAUGAAGAUGCAUGCAUGAGCACCCAACAGAGGCGGCAAAUGUUCAGGUUACGAGCUGGCCGGUCAGGCGCCAGUCGGCAGAGCAGCUCCGAGACGGAAACGCUGCCACGGCACAGCGAGCCCCGGCCAUGGAGCAGCACCGACAGCUCGGACAGCUCCAACCGGCUCGCCCCGAGGCCCGCCAUCACCAAGGCCAGCAGCUUCAGCGGCAUUUCCCCCGGCCUCGUUCGAGGCGACAGCACGGCCAGCAGCAAGAGCACUGGGAGGCUCUCCAAAACGGGUUCAGAAUCGUGCAGUAGCGUUGGAUCCUCGUCCAGCUCGCUAUCCCGUCCCCAGUUGCCCCUCCCACCCUCUGGCUCGUCCUGGUCCAGCAUCCCCAGCACGCCCUUAAUACACCCCCCAACUGAUACGAGGGUCCCUGGACACCAAGAGAUGAUCAAGAGUGUCCCUUCACAGCCACCAUCAGACGCACCAAACUUUUAUGUGUUGCCACUGGAAGCCUCAGGGAUACCACCUGGCAGCGUUCUGGUCAACCCACACACAGGAAAGCCUUUCAUCCACCCCGAUGGCAGCACUGUUGUUUAUAACCCGGCUGCGGCUGGCAGGAACCCACAGCAGGGGAAAACCCCACAGCAGCCAAUCCCUGCCCCCAUCCAGCAGCAGCAAACCAAUCACCUCCACUCCCAGCCGAUCUGUCCUCCUCUCCAGCUGUCCUCUGAGCCUGUCCACAACCCAACGGUCUCGUAUCCUCUUCCUCCUCCUCUUCCUCCUCCUUCUCAGUUCCUGCCCGUCUGUCCUAACCAACAAUACACUGUGCCUGACGCCCUUAACGCCCAGUUCAGUCACAUGACUCUGGCGCAGCAGCCACCAAGCGACAGUGGUGCCCCAACUCCAGACGCCCGCCACUUUCCCGCCGCCUACCACCAACACCCCUCCUCUGUGAUGCUGCAGGGCGCCCAUCCUCCUCAUCAGCAGCAGCAGGUUGCUAGCUUCAUGGUGGCAGGGCCAUCAGGAGGACACCCAGGGAUGCUUCAAGGUCAGCAUGUCCCACUUCAGCCCCCUGGACCUGGUCAUGCAUACCCCAGCUCCACACCAGGUCCCGCUGCUUUCCCUGGAUCCACACUGAACCAACAGCUACUGCAGCAGCACACAUACAUCCAGCAGCCAGUCCAGCAGAUGUCCACGUGUUACUGCUCUUCAGCCCACCACCCCCACUGCUCCAACCAGCAGCAGCAGCACUACAGGCCCCCUGUCAACCCGCUGUCCUAUAACUGCCCUCAAAGCCAAAACCUGCCCCAGCAACAAGUGCACCAAGCCGUGAUGCCAAACCCAGCGUCCAACUACCAAACCGUAGUGGGCGUGCAGCCAACAGCCAACCUCGCUCUCACUGGCAACCAGCAAAGCAAUAUGGGCAACCAGAUGCAAGGCAUGAUGGUCCAGUACCCUCCAAUGCAGUCUUAUCAGCAGGUUUCAGUGCCACAGCAGACGUACCAGCAGCCAGUGUUUGUGUCCUGUCAGCCUGGACAGGGGGCAGUGGCGGUCGCCGGCAUGCAGCCCUGCUACAGUCUGCUCCCCCCUAAUCAGCACACCACCAUGAGCUCGACAGUGAGUUUCCUGCCCGCCCCCAUGAUGGAGCCGCUCCAGUUUCCUCAGACCUCGUCCCCCUGCGUCUCCCAGCAGCACCCAGGCCAGCAGUAUACAGGGUUGUUGCCCCCGGCCCCAGGCACAAGCAUGGUGAUGCUGCAAAUGACAGGGCCCCCCUGCCAGCAGCCCCGGGCCCCCUCCCCCUGCCAGAGAAAACAGCCCAGCCACAAACACCCAGGCGCCGAGCACCCACGCAGCCGCAGGCCUGCUGAGCUCCCCCUGCCUCCAGACAACACCCAGAGCAGCUUGCCCUCGUCUCCGGCACUCACUCCCUCGCCAGGCCAGCCGCCCAGCGUCAAGGGCCUUCCAUCAGGCAUCUCGUCCAUCCCUGUCAUGGCCCACCACCCGCACCACCACCACCCGCAGCUCCCUACAGCUUUCUGCCACAGUGGACAAGGUGAAGCGCACUACUCCCUCCUGGGCCAACCUCUGCAGUACAAACCCUCAAUCAGACCUCCGCUGAUUCACACAGCCCACAUGGUGGCCAAACAUCAGGGUCCACUGGGAGUUUGGCGUAGCGGUCAUGGGAGGAAGGCCGGCAGAAAACCUCUGUCUUCAGAUCUCAGUGUAGGUCAAGCAGUGAGCAGCCAGAUCCUGGAAGUGACAGAUCCUCCGCAGGGGAUCAGCUGUACAGACUCCCACCCCCUCCUGGCAGAGCCGUGCAAAGGGGGCAAAUUGAUCCAGCGGCUGUCGGACCAUCAGCCCGGGCUGGGCAACACAGCCAGAGAGGCUCCCAGCGGACACCUGGCCCCAUCAUACUCCAUCUUUGCCAUUCUUCCCACAAGAUACAACAACCCCCAGGCCAACUUCACACCCCGAACUAGUACCAGACACAAAGGGGAGCUGUGUGACAUGGACAAGGCCGGCUCAUAGCUGCUACGAACUCGGUGCACCGAAGGAGCGCCACAUGAACGCACAUCCAACCACCUGCCUCUGCUGCCUCAGUCUGGACUGUCUCGGUUCAAGUCCAAAUCAAAAAUUUCAAGAAUGAAUGUUUACUUUCAUUUUCGUUUUAGUUAAUUUUAGAAUUUUUCUGGCCAACAGGUCUGUGCAGGGUGGAAAAUCGAGUCCCAGUUUGGUUUUGCUUGUGAAAUACGUCCGAGGCUGCGGAGCUCCACUCUCAGCCCGUCUUUAUUCUAAAAACUAAGUUUGCUGGAAAGUGUUUGGAGAGCUUUGGGAUUCAUUUGCCAGCUUUAAGUGACUCACUGUGGCUCUUUUUUAAUAGCAAGUGUAUGAAUGUGACAACACCACAUCGAGUUCCUGGUUCAGAAUGUUUUUGUGCCCACUUUGGAGAAAUUAAUCAUGGAGUUUGUGCUCUGUUUCACAUCACUGCAUUUAAACUGAGCAUUCAUAUCAAAGCAGUUGCUCUGUUUUAAUCAAUACUUCCAUCAUGUGUGUCGUAGCUUCUUAACUCAUGGAACUGAUCCGCAUUUAUCUCCCGUUAGGUAAACAAGACAUGGUCCCAACAAUCACACGCAGCUGCACUUGUACAAUGUGAGCCCAUACAAUAAUAAACACUGAAUAAUAGAUAUACUACCUGAAUUAUUUAAAGUCACUUUUAUACACAGUGAAUGUUGGAUUUGCACUGAGUGAUGUAGGAGACGGAGGUGUGUGUGGAAUCAUACAAGGCCUGGAUUUUCUUUUAUUAACCCGUUGUACCUGUUUAUUGCACUCGGCCAGGCCACUUUCUUUUAUAUUUAAUUAAAAUGUUUAUAUGCACAAGA